CGCACACUGUCCCCGCCGUCGGUCGCUCGGAACCACAGGGACCCAAGAACUGCCGCGCCCGAUCCUGCGAGCAGCGGCUGCCGCGGCUGUUGCUAAGGGAGGGGACGCGCCGGGUAGCGCGACCCGAGCAGCAUAAGCACCGAGCCCGCCUGGCCAGGGCAGCCCCUCCUCAGGGACCCGCGCCGCACCAGGGUCGCCACCCAUCGCCCUCGGAGGAACUGCAAGCCCAGACCCCACCCCGGGGCGCAACCCGAGAAGCCGACGCGACCUCUGAGCGCCACUCGGAUUUUUUAAUUUCCGACUCGCUUUUCACCGCUGGGACCUUCCCGAGGGACAAACGCAGUGCCCCCCGCCCCCCAAACACCCAGAGAAGAAGAACCCCGUUUUGGGAGAGUCCGGGUCCCAGAGGCGCGGCGAGGAUUGGCGGAGCCCCGCGGCCCCCAGCCCCCCAGCGCUCGCCGGGGAUGGAGCCGCAGCCCGGCGGCGCCCGGAGCUGCCGGCGCGGGGCCCCCGGCGGUGCCUGCGAGCUGGGCCCAGCGGCCGAGGCGGCGCCCAUGAGCCUGGCCAUCCACAGCACGACGGGGACCCGCUACGACCUGUCGGUGCCCCCCGACGAAACGGUGGAGGGGCUGCGCAAGCGGCUGUCCCAGCGCCUCAAAGUGCCCAAGGAGCGUCUGGCGCUGCUCCACAAAGACACCCGGCUCAGUUCGGGGAAGCUGCAGGAGUUCGGCGUGGGGGAUGGUAGCAAGCUGACGCUGGUACCCACCGUGGAAGCGGGCCUCAUGUCCCAGGCCUCAAGGCCGGAGCAGUCUGUCAUGCAAGCCCUUGAGAGUUUGACGGAGACUCAGCCCCCAGCGGCGCCCAGGCCGGGCCGGGCUAGCAGACGAGGCUUCCGGAAAUACAGAUUCAUUUUAUUUAAGCGUCUGUGGCACCGACAGGGACCCCAGAGCCCAGAGAGGGGCGGCGAGAGGCCCCAGGUCAGUGACUUCUUGUCUGGCCGAUCACCGUUGACCCUGGCUCUUCGAGUGGGAGAUCACAUGAUGUUCGUCCAACUGCAGCUGGCUGCCCAGCAUGCCCCACUACAACACCGCCAUGUGCUAGCAGCUGCAGCUGCCGCCGCAGCGGCUGCUCGGGGUGACCCCAACAUUACCACCCCUGUAUCCUCUCCCUGCCGGCCAGUAUCCAGCACUGCCCGAGUCCCACCGGUACCCACCAGCCCUUCCCCUGCAUCUCCUUCACCGGUCACAGCUGGGUCCUUCCGAUCCCAUGCUGCCUCUGCCACCUGCCCUGAGCAGCAGAUGGAUUGCUCCCCGCCAGCCAGCAACAGUGUCAGCCCCGGAGCCAGCACCACAGCCCCCCCAGGGAGCAGCCCUACCCCUCGCUCCCGCAAACCUGGCGCAGUCAUUGAAAGCUUUGUGAACCACGCUCCUGGGGUCUUCUCAGGGACCUUUUCUGGCACGCUGCACCCCAACUGCCAGGACAGCAGUGGGAGGCCCCGGCGUGACAUUGGCACGAUACUACAGAUCCUCAAUGACCUCCUGAGUGCCACGCGGCACUACCAGGGCAUGCCCCCCUCGCUGACCCAGCUUCGUUGCCAUGCCCAGUGCUCACCCGCCUCACCAGCCCCUGACCUCACCCCCAAAACUACCUCCUGUGAGAAGCUGGCGGCCACGUCCCCCUCCUCUCUGCUGCAGGGCCAGAGCCAGAUCCGCAUGUGCAAGCCCCCGGGUGACCGUCUUCGGCAGACUGAGAACCGCGCCACACGCUGCAAGGUAGAACGUCUUCAGCUCCUGCUGCAGCAGAAACGCAUGCGCAGAAAGGCGCGGCGGGACGCCCGGGGCCCCUACCACUGGCCCCCCAGCCGCAAGGCCGGCCGCAGCGACAGCAGCAGCAGUGGAGGAGGCAGCAGCCCAAGCGAGGCUGCUGGCUUGGGCCUUGACUUCGAGGACUCCGUUUGGAAGCCGGAAGUCAACCCCGACAUCCAAUCUGAAUUCGUGGUGGCUUAGGAUCUGGCACUCCCUGCUCCUCAGCACACCCUCAGCCCAGGGCAGGUAGCCCUGGGGAUGCCGAGUGUGCAUGUAUAGUGGCCCAGCUCUGGAGGGCAGGUAGUCACCUCCCUCCCCACCCACCACCAGCCUUUGAUUUUUUUUUUUUUCUUUAAAAAAUUCUCACCCUGGUUGUACCUCCUGCGUUCUCCUCACAUGCCCACCUCUUCCUCCUUCACCGGCUCUGAAGGCCUCUGCGCUGGGUCCUUCCUCCCACCUUCCCCAGCUCCAAAUAUGUAGCAGUCUUUCCAGAUGGCUGAGAGCAGAGGAGACCAGGAAGCCGCCCCCACCCCCUUCCGCUCUGCCUUCCUCCGCCUUCCACCCCCCCUCCCCACACACACACCCGAUUCAGGUUUUUAAGUCAAAAAUGUAGACGCCUCAUUAUGCACUUUACAGAUGAUGGGAGGGGGCAGGGAGAAGAGAAUCCAUGCUCACCCCCCUCUUGUAAACCUUGGCCUCCACCCCGGGCCAGCAGCACCCACUGGGCCACAAGCAAGGAGAAACCCACAUCACCAGGGAGGGAAGCCCGCAGGGGACUGUUUUCCACAUCUGUCCAUUUUUCUUUUUUUUUCCAUGUGAAGCUGUUUUCAGCAGAAUCCAACCCCUUCUGUCUUGGGUCAGGUGGGGACAGGAGACCCUUUUCUGCCAGGAAAGGAAACUGCUAAGAACAGCCCUCACGCACCCUCUGUGCUCACCCUGCCGUGACUGCUGUUUCUCCCUCAUCCUCCUGCCCGCCAUUCCCUAUUUCCCCUGACCUCCCUCCGCCUGAGCUUGGAGACUAUUUAUAGAUUAUUAAUUUUCUGACUGAGCCAAUAGUGGUUGGGAAUCUCUUGAAACUGGGAGAGAAGUGAUGGGGGGGAACACCCCCACUUCCUCUUCCUGGCCCAACCUGAGGGAUGGGGGACUGUCUGGGGGCCUCAGCCUGCAGCCAGGAUGGGGAAGGGGGUGCUGAGCUGUGAAUGCCCAGUUAGGGCACCGCUGUGUAGCAUUAACCCCCCCUCCCCAUGGGGGUCUGCUGCUUGUCUAAUUUGGACCCUCCCCAUUGCUCGUGCUCUGAGGGCCCAGGCCCUCCCAGAACGGGGAGAGAGUCCCCUCUACUGGGGCCAUUUCAAUAGGGGUGGGAAUUGUUUUGUUCCUUCCCCAUUUUUUUUUUUUUUAACGAUAAUGGGAUGUCUGGGCCCUGCCCACCCUGCCUGUCUUGUCCUGGCCCCACCUGUUCCCCCCUCCCCCCCCCUUCUUGUAGUUGAGCCCCAGAUCCUCCUCUCCCAUUACGUGUUAAAAGUUAAUGGUUUCAGAUGUGAACAUCAUGUGUUAACUGUAGCUGUAAAAUUUUUUGUGGGGGGGUGGGUAGGGAGGGGUCCUGGAGGGUUAGAGGUCAAGGAUUUGGUUUUUAUUUUUUGUUUUUUUUUUUCCAAAAAAUGAAAAAAAAAGGAAAAAAAAAAAGAAAAAGGGGUGCAUUUGUUUUUUGAAAAACUGUCUUGGAUACCUAUUUAAAUGUGUGUUGUUUUGUUUUUUAACGAUUUUUAAAUAACGUCUGUGCCUCCAUGGGUAUGAGGAUGGAGGCCCCAGACAGGAACCGGCCCGCAGCCCUCCCCUCUCAGGGCCUCCCUCCCCCCCUAAACAAAGCAUUACCCGCCCUCGGGGUCGGGCUGUGGGGGUCCUGGCACAGCGCCAGUCUCCUGUAUGGAACAUAAAAUUAAAAAAAAAAAAACACCUUACACAAGCACCGUGAUUUCAAGUAAUAAACAGAAAAUGAAACACAA